AUGAGACCUGGUCAAAAAGUUUCUCUUAAAAUACAUUCCUCCUCAAAAACUAUUGUUGAUAUUCAUAUCCUGCAAAAAAAUACUUUUUUAGAUCAAGUUCUUGCAACAAAUGUCACAUUAUACGUUGGAUAUAACAAAGUUAAAUUUAGAAUUCCAUUAUCCGGUAAUUUCGUAAAACCAAGUCCUUUAAAUUAUUUCGCCAUAGUGGAGAAUGAAUUCUCAGUUGAUCAUUCUGCAACCUUCCGAAUUGGCCAUCCUGGUUUUGGUCUUACCAUUCGUAAACCAGUUGCUGGUGACGUUAUAAAACUAGGAAAUAUAUUAAAAGUGAGGUGGAAAGGUUCUUAUGUUCCUCCAUGCGCAAAUUCUUCUACAUUCAGAGUGGAGAGAUGUUUAAUUAAGCAAACAAUAGUGCGGGACGCUGAAGAAGACGUAGGCGAAAUCUGGUUCAUAGAGGGUCAAAAUUUAAAUUUCACAACUGGUGGUUUAGAUUUCGAAACAAGUUUUAUGGUUCCCAAUUUAUAUAAAUUCGCUUGUAUUAUUAUAAACAAAGUCAAUGGAAAUGAGUUUCAAUAUUCAUCCGUCGUUUGUUUACAUGUAAUUUCUUCGCUGGCAAUUCCAAUCUCAAAUCAAAUUAAAGAUCCUUGGAUCCUAACAAACACCGCUGGUAAACGUUUGAAACCUGCAAAUGUCGAAUUAUGCGUCGGACACAACGAAGUCAAAGUUGCAAUUCCAUCAUCUGGUAAUUUCGUAAAACCAAGUCCACAAAAUUAUUUAGCCUCACUUCUGAAUGGAGAGAGAGUUGAUUAUUCUGCAACCUUCCAAAUUGGAAAACCUGGUUUUGAUCCUUCUACAUUCAGAAUAAUACGUUUAUUUGAACCUGCAAAACGGGCAAUAGGAAACGGACAGUCUUCAAUACAAAAUUUCCCAAACGACGUUGUGACUCUUAAUUUCGAAUCUGGAGGUUUACAUUAUCAAUUACCUUUAGAAACAAUUCCCAAGACUCAAAGUUUAGAACACUCUGGGCUCAUAAUAGAAAAGUUAUAA